AUAUUCAAUUCAUUUGAAAACUAAAAGAAAAAAUGUCAUCAGAUCAUAAAGAAUCAAGUUAUAAACAAAAAAAUAUUGAACUUGCUGAUUUAUUAACCAAACAAUUAAUAGUAUCGAAUGAAGAUUUUGAAAAAGUAUCAGCAUUAUUAUCAAAAGAAUUUGAUCGUGGUUUACGAUCAACAGAAGAUUCGUUUGUAAAAAUGUAUUUAACUUAUGUUCGAUCAUUACCGAAUGGCGAAGAAAAUGGUCGUUUUCUUGCAUUAGAUUUAGGUGGCACUAAUGUACGUGCUUUAUUAGUAGAAUUUCAUAGAUCACAAUCAGAAUCAUCAGCAACGGAAUCAAAUCAAAAACAACAACAACAAGAGCCACAAAAAGGAUCAAUUGAAAUAAUCGAUUCCUCUAUUGAGACAAUACCAACAGAAAUAUUUCAUGGUACUGGAGAACAAUUAUUUGAUUUUAUUGCUGAAUUUAUUAUUGAAUUUGCAUUUCGUAAUAAAUUGACUGGUGAACGUAUUGCACUUGGUUUUUCAUUUAGUUUUCCUUCUAUACAAAAAGGUAUUGCUGAAGCAACAUUAGUUACCUGGACAAAAACAUUCAACUGUUCCGGUGUUGUUGGCUGUGAUGUUGUACGUUUAUUUAAGGCAUCAUUAGAACGUAAAGCACAUCCUUCAAUACCAUUUAUUGAUGUUGUUGCUAUUUUAAAUGAUACAACUGGUACAUUAAUCUAUGGUGCAUUACUCGAUGAAAAUUGUAGAAUUGGAUUGAUUGUUGGUACAGCUAGUAAUGCCUGUGUUGUUGGCAAUGAUGUUGUACGUUUAUUAAAAGCAUCACUGAAACGUAAAACACAUCAUUCAAUACCAUUUAUUGAUGUUGUUGCUAUUAUAAAUGAUACAACUGGUACAUUAAUUUAUGGUGCAUUACAAGAUAAAAACUGUGGAAUUGGUUUAAUUGUUGGUACAGGUAGUAAUGCCUGUUAUGUUGAAUAUUUAAGUAAAAUUGAAAAAUGGCCAUUCAACUAUAGUGAUCCAAAACAAGUUGUUAUUAAUUGUGAAUGUGGUGCAUUCGGUGAUAAUCAUGUUAUUGAUUGGGCAUUAACUAAUUGGGAUCGUCGGCUAAAUUAUGAAUCAUUAAAUCUAAAUAAACAGAUACAUGAAAAACUAAUAAGCGGAAUGUAUUUACCCGAAAUUUUACGACGAUGUCUUUUAACAUUAAUCGAAUUGGGUAUUGUAUUUGAAGGAAAAACACCUAUUGAAUUAUUUCGACCGUAUUCAAUAAAAACAAAAUAUAUGUCAUUUAUUGAUCAAGAUAAUGAAAAUGAUGAAAAUAAUUUUCCAAAUACAAGAAAAGCAUUGGCAGAUAUGUUUAAUAGUAAAAAUCCUUUAUUUAAAAAUGGUUUUAGUGAUUCGGAUGUUAAAAUUAUACAUAUGAUUAAUCGACGUAUUACAAAACGAUCAGCAAAUUUUGUUGCCAAUGCAUUAUGGACAUUAGCCAUUCGUAUUGAUAAUGUUGAUGUAUCGAUUGCAUAUGAUGGAUCAUUAAUUUGUUUACAUCCUUAUUAUCGUAGUUGGGUGGAAGAAAAAUUGAAUGAAUUUAUUAAAAAAACUGGAAUUAAAAAACGUUUUCGUUUAAUACAUGCAAAUGAUGGUAGUCUUUAUGGUGCUGCUAUUGUUGCUGCAAUUUGUUAUCGUGAAAAACGUCCAAAAUUUAUUAAAAAACGUGGAAAAAUUUAUGAGAUUACUAGAUUCUAGUGAAAAGAAAAAAUUUUUAUUUUGAAUUUUAAACCAAAAAAAAACUAAAUAAAUUUAAAU